AGGUUACCAUUUCCCGGUCAUUGGGGCCGCCUGUGGCGGCGCAGGCGUGAGUAUUAGCAGGUGUCCGGUCUAUGGAGUCAGUGGUUGCCGGCGGCGUCGCUGAGGCAGGAGGUGGAGUCCGAGUAGGGGCCGUCGCCCCGCCAGGAUGUUGCCGGGCUUGGCCGCCGCCGCUGCGGCCCACAGAUGUAGCUGGUCCUCCCUGUGCCGGCUCCGUCUGCGCUGCAGGGCGGCGGCCCCCGGCUCCAGCGAGCGCCAGGAAUGGCAGAAUUUAGUGACAUUGGGAAGCUUUUCAAACAUGGUUCCCUGUAGUCACCCAUACAUUUGUACACUGAAUCAAGUGAAGUCAUACUCUACAAAUAUUCAGAAAGAAGGACAAGGAUCACAAAUCCACAGAGUGGAAAAAGUUCCAUCAUUUGAUGAAACAGCAGAAAACAUAGGCGCCGAACUCAAAGCUCCACUUCUUAAGCAAGAACCUCUCCAAGUAAGAGUCAAAGCAGUCCUUAAGAAGAGGGAAUAUGGACCAAAAUAUACUCAGAAUAAUUUCAUCACUGGAGUCAGAGCAAUAAAUGAGUUCUGUCUGAAAUCCAGUGAUCUAGAACAACUUCGAAAAAUCAGACGACGAAGUCCUCAUGAAGAUACCGAGUCCUUUACCGUAUACUUGAGAUCAGAUGUGGAGGCAAAAUCUUUGGAAGUUUGGGGAAGCCCUGAAGCUCUUGCCAGAGAGAAAAAACUGCGUAAGGAAGCAGAAAUAGAAUAUAGAGAAAGGCUAUUUAGAAACCAAAAAAUACUAAGAGAAUAUAGAGACUUCCUGGGAAACACCAAGCCACGGUCCAGAACGACAUCAGUUUUUUUUAAAGGGCCAGGAAAAGUGGUGAUGGUUGCCAUUUGCAUCAACGGAUUAAACUGCUUCUUUAAAUUUCUUGCCUGGAUUUAUACGGGCUCAGCAAGUAUGUUCUCCGAAGCUAUACAUUCUUUAUCCGAUACUUGUAAUCAGGGUUUACUAGCAGUGGGCAUCAGUAAGUCUGUUCAGACACCAGAUCCUACUCAUCCGUAUGGAUUUUCAAAUAUGCGCUAUAUUGCUUCACUAAUUAGUGGUGUUGGUAUUUUCAUGAUGGGUGCAGGAUUAUCUUGGUACCACGGAAUCAUGGGAUUGCUUAAUCCACAGCCAAUGGAAUCCCUUCUAUGGGCAUAUUGUAUUUUAGCAGGAUCAUUAGUAUCUGAAGGAGCAACACUUCUUGUUGCUGUAAAUGAACUUCGUAGGAGUGCUCGGGCCAAAGGAGUGCCAUUUUAUAAAUAUGUAAUGGAAAGUCGCGAUCCUAGUACAAAUGUUAUAUUACUGGAGGAUACUGCAGCAGUCUUGGGAGUGAUCAUAGCAGCCACGUGUAUGGGCCUUACUUCUGUAACAGGUAAUCCACUGUAUGACAGUCUAGGUUCGUUGGGCGUAGGCACGUUACUAGGCAUAGUCUCUGCCUUCCUCAUCUACACUAACACAGAAGCCCUCUUAGGGCGAUCCAUCCAGCCAGAGCAAGUACAGCGGCUGACUGAACUCCUGGAGAACGACCCGUCAGUAAGGGCAAUUCAUGAUGUUAAAGCCACAGAUCUGGGAUUAGGGAAAGUAAGAUUUAAGGCAGAAGUAGAUUUUGAUGGACGAGUUGUUACAAGAUCAUAUUUAGAAAAACAAGAUUUUGACCAAAUGCUACAGGAAAUUCAAGAAGUGAAAACUCCUGAAGAACUAGAGACCUUUAUGCUUAAACAUGGAGAAAAUAUUAUUGAUACUUUAGGAGCUGAAGUGGAUAGACUUGAGAAGGAACUGAAAAAACGAAAUCCUGAAGUUCGACAUGUAGAUUUGGAGAUUCUAUAGAUUUGAUGGAAUGAAUCACUUGGAGGAAAGCCUUGGAAACAAGUUCGUCGAGCCUGCUCUCCCGUCCUGAAGGAGUCAGUGCCAUUCAGAACAUUCAGAAGCCGGUUUUUGUUUUUUGUUUUUUUAAGAUGGAGGAAAUAUUUAAUGUGAGGGGCAGUUCAGCAAUCUACAGAACGAAUACUACUUCCUACGUCUAAGGGACCUAUUACAAGUUGAAUCAAUUUGGAAAUCAUGUUUUUGUGUUUCAGUAGAGAAUAUUUUAUAUUAGUUUCUUAAAUUGUUCAUAAUUUUUCAUUUUACCCUGUCAGGGUGUAUUGUAUCUUGCAAUCCUGUUUCCUUUCUUCACACUGGUAAAAAUGAGCACCACCCAUAGGAUUAGGAGUUUUAAUUUUGUCCCUUUGAAUGUGUCACUCCAUUAUCGGCCAGAUAACCUGCCGAUCGUGAACAUUCUCGCCUAAUUUAGUAGUCACUCGGUUUUUCCUUACAGAUGUGGAAAUCGUUUCUACAUAAUUCUGCCCCGAGCAUCAAGAGGAACACUCUCCCCUUCUGCUUAUCCAUAAAUGUUCAUUCCAAAACGGCUUUGUUACUGAAUUGAAGGAAGACAUUUCAGUCCAUGCUUUUAGGGUGUAGUAGUUGCCAUUUUGUAACAUUUCUUAUCUCUCCUUUGCUUUUUUUUUUUCCUUUCUUAGUAGGAGAUACAAAAUAACCCUGGAUGUUUCCAUAGGCCAGUUUGAUGGCUGGUUUUUGUUUGUUUGUUUGUUUAACUGGCUUCAGUGCCAUGAUGUGUAUUUACUAGGGGAUAAUGCAUUUGUACGCAUUUUAACAUUCUGUAAUAUGGACUAGAAAUAUUUAUAAUUUUACAGACAAGACAGCAUUUUAUUUUUAAUUUAUUUUAAAAGGCACUACUCAUAUAAAUCUGAACUGUAAGAUAUUUCCUGCUUUAAGAGAAAGAGAGGUAAAUCUCUUAUGUGGAAACUUGUGGCCAUGAUUUUGUACAUCAUAGUCAAUAGUGUGUAACAUGAGUUUCUUACAGUUAUAAAUGGGCAUUUAUCAUAAUAUAUGGUUCAAACAUCAUGUAAGUAAGUAGCUUUCUAGUGAUCAAAAAGUACCAAGGUGAAAAACAUACAAUUCAGUAAUGGAAAAUUUAGUGCAAAACUACAGCUGUGUUUCCACUCAUCAGAGUAACUCACAUGCACUUUAAAUUGUUCAGGGCGGUGGUGAGCACUGUCCAUGAAGAGUUGUAGCUGGGUGGCUCUCUGCUGGGUGAGUGGGUGCUUGACCUAAGGACCUACUCGUGGGAGGUCAGUGGCUAAAACCUUACUUAGAUUGAAAUUUAUGAAUCACAGCAGAUUGUAAUGCUGGAAACAAAAAUAAACAUUUGAUUAAAGGGUUUGUAAUGGUAA